GGUACUGAGUACGUACUAUUUUUUACCACGUGGUUGUAAAUCUUUAUAUGUGUGUAUAAUAUGUGCAUUUUAUGAUUUCGACAUAAAUACAAAUUUCAGCCGACCUCAAAAUCAGGUGGAGAGAAAGAUGGAGGAAAAACAUGGUGCAUACGCUUAAACUGUAUAUAAUCAUUAAUGCAUGCUUGUGCACAUUGCGUUUGACUGUGAUAAAGUGUCUCGGCAACCUUCAGGCGUGAUGGCAACAGUAAAAUCUGGAGUGCUACACUGACAUUCAUUCCCAGCCCUCCAAUGACUCACAUGAAAUGGCUCCAGCUGGGAAUAUCUGAGCGGCUCUUUUAGGUUGUCAUCAAGAGUCCAUGCGGAUGGCCAUGACCUUUGCUGUAAAAAACUGGAGACUCUAAUAUUAGUGUAAACUAUGGAUCUCUCAAGCCACAAGUACUUCACUACAUUAGAUUAUGUGAUAUUUGCAUUGCUGUUGAUGGCGUCAUUGUCCAUCGGGCUGUACUAUGCGUUCACCGGAGGACGCCAGAGCACCACGCGAGAGUUCCUGUUCGCUGACAGGAGUAUGAAGUGCCUGCCUCUCUCUCUGUCUCUCAUGGCCACCUUCCAGUCGGCCGUGGCCAUCAUCGGCACACCAGCUGAGGUCUACGCAAAUGGGACACAGUACUGGUUCAUUGGCUGUGCUUAUAUUCUGGGUCUCCUGAUUCCAGCACACAUCUUCAUUCCUCUGUUCUACAGACUGCACCUCAAUAGUGUUUACCAGUAUUUGGAACUGCGUUUCAGUAAAGCUGUCCGCAUAUGUGGCACUGUAACAUUUAUUUUUCAGAUGGUCAUUUAUAUGGGUGUUGGUAUCUAUACACCAGCUCUUGCACUACAUUCAGUUACUGGGUUUCAUUUGUGGGGGACCAUACUGGCAACUGGAUUGGUGUGCACUCUUUACACGGCACUGGGUGGACUGAAAGCAGUAAUCUGGACAGAUGUUUUUCAAACAGUGGUGAUGUUCACCGGUCAGCUGGCCGUCAUCAUUGUGGGCGUACAACAGGCUGGUGGUCUGUCUGAGGUCUGGAUUAAAGUCAGAGAUGGUGGCCGCAUCUCUGGGAUUGACCUCAAUCCAGACCCAACGGUGAGGCACACAUUCUGGACAUUAGGGGUUGGAGGAGUAUUUCUCAUGUUGUCUCUAUAUGGGGUGAACCAGGCACAGGUUCAGAGGUACCUCAGUUCACGUACGGAGAGAGAAGCUGUCUUGUCCUGUUAUAUGGUGUUUCCCUGUCUUCAGGUUGCUUUAAUGCUCAGCUGUGUAAUGGGCCUGGUCAUGUACGCUUGCUAUGGUGACCGCAGCCCUUUAGAUCAGCAGUACAUCACGUCCAAAGACCAGAUGGUCCUAUACUUUGUUAUGGACAUGUUGCAAGACUUACCUGGUCUGCCUGGAUUGUUUGUGGCAUGUUUAUUUAGUGCAUCUCUAAGCACAAUAUCUUCAGCUUUUAAUUCAUUGGCUACGGUGACUAUGGUGGAUCUAAUCAAACCCCAUUGCUCAAUGACCGACGCUAGAGCCACUCUAAUAUCAAAGAUGUUAGCUUUAUCAUAUGGGAUUAUAUGUCUUGCUAUGGCAUAUGUUGUCCAUUUGAUGAACAGUUCAGUACUUCAGGCAGCUCUCAGUAUCUUUGGGAUGGUGGGCGGGCCACUGCUGGGUCUUUUCUGUCUGGGAAUAUUUUUCCCAUGUGCCAAUAGCAUUGGAGCUGUAACAGGACUCGCUGCUGGUCUGAUCAUGGCAUUCUGGGUUGGCAUUGGUGGCUUUUUGGAUCGGAUGUCAAGUUCUGUCAAAGUUCCUCCACUUAACUCCACCAACACAACAACAGCUGUCUCUGACAACAUCACUAUGACAGCUGCGACGGCCAUUUUUGAAGCUGCCAAUGAGAAAACCAGCAGAGCUUUAGGGCUGCAUGGGCUUUAUUCUCUGUCAUACAUGUGGUACAGUGCACUCAACUCCUUCACUGUAGUACUUAUCGGACUCAUCAUUAGCUUAAUGACAGGCCCAACGAAGGGAAAUGGCGUGGCCUCUGGCACAGUUUAUCCUGUGGUGGGCAAAGCACAAUCCCUUUUGCAAAAGCUUCAGAAGCCGAGCUCUUGCUGCAGAUCCCCUCAUGAGAACAAGAUUGAUGGUGGUAAAGAAAUGAACGUCAACGUAAAAGAGGAUACUGGGACACCGGAAGAUAGAGAAACUUUUCUUCCAUUAAAUCCAGUGUCUUAUUUGGAGCAGGAAACGUCAGUGUAAAAACAAAUGCAAUGGAAACAAAAAUGCCAUAACAGUGUUCAGGGAUAACCUGCAAACUAGCACUACUGUAUAUAUUUAGUAAAUGACAGUAUCAGCACUGCUAAUUACAGAGAUGUAGAUUUCAGUCCAAAUGUAAUUAUUUUUGUUUACGUUUGUGCCUUGAUGUAAAUUUGAUCAAUAUACUGUCUAUUUCUGUCAUGUUUGUAUUCUUUUGCAU